GAGAAAAUGUACUGCAUGCAGAAUCCUUUGUCAUGGGAAAAACACAGGAAGCACAAUACUGCAACAUCUGCAACUGCUCUGCCCUGCUGGGAUUGAACUCUAAUUUUCUACAUAAUGAUGCAGAUGAAUAUAUCCCUUAAAGGUGCAAAUGUAGGAAAGGUCUUCACAGAAAACAGUUCUCAGGCACAAUGAUGGUACACAGAUCAGAACUUGGAGCCAGAACAAGAUCUCACAGUCUCUACAGCAAAACUCUGCAUCUGAAAGUGAAAUUAAUUCUGUGUGUUGUAUGCAAUGGAACACCUGGUUGAAAAAGGGAAAGAAAAUGCAGUGUUGUUACUGUUUUCUACUGCUCCCUCACCUGGGCCCUGCUCCCAGAAUCCGAAUGAUAAGGAUGGCAGUGCCACCCAUAAAUAUUGAAACUGCGUCAUCUGAGGGAAGAAAAUGAAGACAUCUUCCAAAAAUGGAAGUUAUAAAUGGCUGCAUGGUACAUAAGGAGUGUUCUCUGUUUUACAGAUUGGUUCUCCUGCUGAGGAAGUCAGAGAAAAAAUUCAGGUCCUGCUCCCAUCAGAUGGUGUUUGCAUAAGCCAGACAGCGGUAACUUUGGUGUCCUUUAUUUGUUCAUCUAUCUGGUACGUGAUAACUUCAAACCAUGACAUCUGAUCGGGCUCAAAACAUCGGGAGUGUUUGCAUCGAUUUUCAUCAAUAAUGAGUGGCAGAAUUCUGAAAGUGGAAGAAUAUUCCCAGUAUAUAAUCCAGCAACAGGAGAACAAAUAUGUGACAUUCAGGAAGCUGACAAAGUUGAUACAGACAAGGCAGUGAGGGCAGCUCGGCUGGCUUUUUCCCUGGGGUCCGUUUGGAGGAGAAUGGAUGCCUCGGAAAGAGGCCAUCUCUUGGAUAAGUUAGCAGACUUGGUCGAAAGGGACAGGGCAAUUCUUGCUACUAUGGAAUCACUGAACAGUGGCAAACCAUUCUUGCAAGCUUUCUAUGUAGAUCUCCAGGGAGUCAUAAAAACCCUGAGGUAUUACGCUGGUUGGGCAGACAAAAUCCACGGAAUGACCAUUCCUGUAGAUGGAGAUUAUUUUACGUUUACAAGACAUGAACCCAUCGGAGUGUGUGGACAGAUCAUCCCUUGGAACUUCCCCCUGCUGAUGUUUGCAUGGAAGAUUGCUCCUGCUCUGUGCUGUGGCAAUACAGUAGUUAUUAAACCAGCAGAACAAACACCACUCAGUGCUCUCUACAUGGGUGCCCUCAUCAAGGAGGCUGGCUUUCCACCAGGAGUUGUCAAUAUUUUGCCAGGAUUUGGUCCAAUUGUUGGUGCAGCCAUAGCUUCUCAUGUUGGCAUUGAUAAAAUUGCUUUCACUGGAUCCACUGAGGUUGGGAAGCUGAUCCAAGAAGCAGCUGGAAGGAGUAAUUUGAAGAGAGUUACACUGGAGCUGGGUGGGAAAAGCCCAAACAUUAUUUUCGCAGAUGCUGAUUUGGACUAUGCUGUGGAACAAGCUCACCAAGGAGUCUUCUUCAAUCAAGGACAGUGCUGCACUGCAGGCUCACGGAUUUACGUGGAAGAAUCAAUCUAUGAAGAGUUUGUCAGAAGGAGCGUAGAACGUGCAAAGAGGAGAGUUGUGGGGAGUCCUUUUGACCCAACUACAGAACAAGGUCCACAGAUUGAUAAAAAACAAUACAACAAGAUCUUGGAACUGAUUCAAAGUGGCAUCACUGAAGGAGCAAAACUUGAAUGUGGGGGAAAGGGGCUGGGAAGAAAGGGAUUCUUCAUUGAACCUACGGUGUUUUCCAAUGUAACAGAUGACAUGCGGAUUGCCAAGGAGGAGAUUUUUGGGCCCGUUCAAGAAAUACUGAGAUUUAAAACCAUGGAUGAAGUUAUAGAGAGAGCAAACAAUUCUGAUUUUGGGCUGGUAGCUGCUGUCUUUACAAAUGACAUAAACAAGGCCCUGACAGUCUCUUCAGCAAUGCAGGCUGGGACGGUCUGGAUAAAUUGCUACAAUGCCUUAAAUGCCCAAAGUCCUUUUGGAGGAUUCAAAAUGUCUGGCAAUGGGAGAGAGAUGGGUGAAUGUGGAUUGAGAGAAUAUUCUGAAGUUAAAACUGUGACAAUAAAGAUCCCUCAGAAGAACUCCUAAAACGACAAAGGACCGUGUUGUGCAGAAGAGCACAUGAUGCCACCUUCUCUAUUCCUUAUGGAGACCAGCACUCAGGAAUAAAAAGUGUUACACAAUAUUUAAGAAAUUAAGUUGCAACAUAUAUACUGGGCACAUAACUGCGUACGUAAUGCAAACCAACUCUGCAUGUUUUCAUGAAACUCUCCUGAGAAUCGUUACAUCUUUUUAAAACAAAUUAUAAUGAGAUAAAAUUGCUACUGGGCAUCAUUUAAUAACGGUUCCAGCUAUAAAACUGUUAAAUGCAAAUGCAUGCACACACACAUUUAUCUCUUCCUUAAAUAAACAAAGUAAGUCUUACUGCUUUCAGGCUGCCUUCUCAAACAGACCUGCCUUGUACUGACAUUGUAGUUUCAAUCAAGGCUCUACAAGCCAGAUUUCACCCAAAACACUAGCAGUGAACAACACAAACAAGUGUCAUUGAUGUUCUUAAAAAAUAAAAGAUUCUGAAUGGUAAUGGCCCCAAACCUGGCAUAGUGGCAACUUUCCAAUUAGCACGCCCACAGAAAGAGGUCAGACUGGGGAGGGAAUCAAUCUGCUGCAUGGCCAAUGAAAGCCAAAUAUUUAUCAGUGAGAUUUGGCUUUCAAGGCUCACAACAAUUCGGAUUUCAAAGCUUAUUUUCAUUAUUACUUUAUGUCUUGCUAUAAGCAAAAAGUCCUCCUUCAUUUCCAGGAACUUGAAGGGAUUUACCUGCCUGCCAAAAGAGCAAGGCCAGACAGGGUGGGUGGGUGUUAACAAGAACAGGAACAGAUUCCAAGGCUUCACAGAAUACUUUAGCUUUCACUGCUUGUCUAGUUUUGUUGUUGUUGAUGUUGUUGUUACUGUUGUUGCUUUCACCUUGUUGGUUUUUUUAAAACAAAUAUAUGCACGCACAGGCUCCAUUUACUUGUCUGCUAUUAAAGUGUCUGUGAUUACACUGGGAAUCAUUAAGAACUUGUUACAGCUUUUACUAAA